UUUUUUAACUCAAAAUUUCAGAGGUCAUACUUUGUCUUCAGACACUCUACACAAUUUACAAGAUUCUUUGCCUGACUCUUGGUUUUGUAGGAAGUCUUGAUUUUUGUGAGGUGCGCCAGGUCUACAUGCUCUAGCUCUUUUGAGCCUUAUUCAGUGAUCUUUUUUUUUAAUACCAAUAUCUUGUUUCUGUGCCCUUAAUGCAUAACAUUAAUAAAUUACACAAGAUAUUUUUUGUGUGCCCCGUUCUUACACCAGAGGAAAAAGAUGAUGAUUAACCUUGUGACUCAAGAUUAAGAGAACUCGCUGUUGUCACUGCAUUUCUUUGGGAAUAGCAUGGCCUUCAGAUUAGCUUCAUUAUAAAUAUUUAUUCCUGAGAAACAAGUUUCUUAAAAUACUAGCUUCUCUGUUGCCUUGAAGCAGGCUGGAGCAGAAGCAAAGAGCCUUUAAAACUUUCCAUUUCUGCAUGCCAGCCAACAUAUUCCUGCGGCAAAGGUUCCUGGACACCAGAACUCUGUGCCAGGGUGUCGGGGAGCCGCAGCCCCGAAGGCUCUGCAGGGGAAGGGUGGUGGAGCCCUCCCCGGCACAGGCGCCGUCCCACUUCGCGCAAAGGUGGAGAGCUGAACAGAGGCCCUGCAAGGCCGCUCCCAGCUCGCUUGCACCCACUCCUGGCCCUGUGGCCGGCUGCCUCGCAGCUGGCCUCCCUGCUACGGUAGUGCAUUUGUAAUUUGAAGCGUAGCGACGCUAGCUGCAUGUGAAAAGUGUGGUCACUGUGUAUCCCUUCUAUGGGUGGUAGUCUUCAUCCAGAGGGAACCCUCUGGUGUUGUUUGUGUCCUUGAGAAUUUUUCUUCUGAAUAGCAUGUCUCAUAACUUCGUAUCUACGUAUAUCUUUAACUCUUUUCUAUUGCACACAGUGUUCAUAUUGCAAAUUUUUAAUAAAAAUACAGUUGUGUGCUUUACAUUUAUAUUUGCACAUAAACAUUACUUUAUGCAUGUUGAAAUGAUACAGUUUUUACAUGGCAUAUUUUUCUUUAAAAAAAAAAAAGUUUGGGAUGUGUAUGUAUGUGUAUACAUGCACCCAUACAUGCAUACAAGCAGUGCUAUGACAAACUCCCCCCUCAGUAACUGUGCACUGAAGCUGUAGGUCCAAUUUCCAGAGUUCACAUCAGGUAUUUAUAUGUAGAGGUUUAUAUUGUCAAGGAGUUUGGGAUGAGGGGAGUUGUCUUUAGUGUUGGUUCUUUCAAUUAUUUUUUUUAAGGUUGUGUAGGAUGUGGGAAAUGGUGGAAGGGUAUCUGCAUUAAAGGCAUGGAGCUGUAAGUCAUUGUUGUCAGUAUCAACAAUCAUGAAGUCCUUUUCUUUCUCUUCCCUCCAAAUGGUGUCUGCCAGAAGUUUGUAGUAGCUAAAGAACAUCUUGUCUAGAGGGUGUAUUUCUUUACUUUCUUGUUCUGGGACCUCAGGAACUGCUUUCAGUUUUUCUCAGUGACUGUAGUGGCUAUACUUUUCUGUGUGGUGCUAGCAGAAACUCUCAGAUUUUCCUGUAUCUGGGGAGCAGGAUGCGUGGUGAGACAAAGAGGUAAUUAACCAGAGCUGUCAGCAGUACUGACAGUUCUUCAGGUUGUAAUUAAGCUGACAUGGUGUCAAGCAGCUGCUGGAGUGGUCCCACUGGUCCUUGCAUACUUUCUUCCACCGCUGUGCCAGCUGUAGAUAGCUAGUGCUUCUUCCCAAAGAAGUUUUCUGCUGGUUUGGUUCCUCAUCACUGUGUCUGCACAGAGUCUGUGAUUUUUAGAAGAGGCUCUUGGCAAGGUCAGCUGCCAUCAGAGGGAACUGCAAAGCUCACUUGUUUUACUCUGCCUUCUCACCAUGCAACAAUGGGACCAGCUGACCAGAGGGAAUGCUGCUCACUGUAUGCUUUUGGAAGCGGAAGCGAUUUUGGAAUGCAGAAUGCACACCCUUCCCAGAUGAGACAACCCUACAGCUGAAAAAAUCAAAUGUCAGGACAUCAGUAGCUGCUACUUCGAUUUCCGAUGCGUGGCUUAGGUGUGGGGAUGGUUUUCAGAGCACUUCAGUGCUGGAGUCCCUGAGAGCUACUGAUAAGAAGUCCAGGAUUAAGAAGCAUCUUGGACCACUGUUAACAUCUGCUGAAAGUGCAGCAGGAUUUGCUGCAGCUGAAAGCUCUAAGGAAGCUGAGGGCAUAAUAUGGACCUCUAGUGGUAGUGAUUUUUCAGAUGAUGAAAAUAAGACAUUGAUUCCAAGGUUACACAGCAAAAGUCACGCUUCCAAAACAGAGGAAUCACCUAGCAGACAUGAUUUAUUGUUAGAGGACAGUAGUAGUGAAGAUGAAUCGGAGCUUAUUGAUUGGGAGAAGGGUAGCGAUUCCACCGAUAGGUGUGAUGAAUCAGAAAAAGAUGACAGCUCACUGGAGAUAUCAGACUCAGACUCUUGCACAAAUCUUAAUUCUCUGCCUGUCAAAGAGGAGAAUGAUGAACUUUGUAAGACAACUUCGACAGAAAUUUCUGAGUAUUCAUCUGAUAAUGACAGUGUGGGAGAAGGAGCCAUGGGCCUGGCGACCACUACUCCAGGAUUCACUAAGAGAUUACGGCCGAGGUCAGGAGUGGACACGGGGGAAGUUACAGUACGACCGGCCAGCGAGUGGCUGAGGUCUGCGCAGGCCCUUCUCCGCACCCCCGGGAAGCAGGCGGGCAAGGCCCCCCGAGCCCCCACUGAGUCCACAAAGAAGAGGAAGCUACUGAGGGGCGGGCUAGCUGAGAGGUUAUAUCGACUGCAGAACAGAGAAAGAUCUGCCAUUAGCUUUUGGAGGCAUCAGUGUAUUUCAGAUGCUAAAACUGCAUCAGAUAAAACUGGUGUCUUAACUGUGAAGAUCUUAGAAAUGUUUGAGGAGUGUACAAUACAAGUUGCCAUCUGCCAGCAGCUGGAACAGUCUCCUGCUAUGCUUUCAUCUGAGGAUGUUGUCAUCAAUGCAGGAGAACCAAUACUCAAAGUCCUCUUUGCGAGAGAGACAGCAGCUCACCUGAAGAGCAGGCCACAGGAUGUCAUCCACAUCUACCCUCCAUGGCAAAAACUGCUUCUCAGAAAUGCAGAUGUUCCUGUUAUCAUGCAUACAUAUUUUAGUCAGAAGGUGCUACUCAGUGAGCAUUCAGAAAUGAGAGAGAAGACAUACGGUCUUACAAAGAUGCUUAUUAGGAAGAAUAUUACAUCUUUGGCACAGACAUUCAGUCUAGAUGACCUUGAUGAUGAGUUACACCAGGAAUCUUCAGAUAAUCAGGUUUCUUGUGCUCCGCAAAUCCAUAACAACUGUGAUUCAAAACAGCAUCCCUUAGCACGGAGUGCUGUUAAUGAUUCUCUGCUUGAAAUGGUGGAAAGCCAGGGAGCAGUGGGAUGGAGAGAAGCACAAGUACGAGUCAUUAUCCAAAGGGUGUACUGUUUGCCUGCAAGAGAAGGUUACAGAAGCCAUGUUCAAGGAAACAAGCCUCUUUCUGCAAUACCCAUCAUAAAUUCAGAUCCACCAAAUGUUAGGUUAUGCCUCCUUGUCCAGGAUGCCUAUGGUAUGUUCAGUGAAGUGCAGCUGCAGUCCCUGACUUUUGCAGAUGACAUUGAGCAGUAUUGCAGGAGAUGGGAAGGAAAAUUCUGCUGCUUAGCUGGAAUGAAAAUUUUGCAAAGAACUACAAGAGGAAGGGCGUUAGGACUUUUUAGUUUGAUAGACAGCCUGUGGCCUCCAGUAGUGCCUGUAAAAGUUGCUGGACAAAGUCAAGCCUCUGAAAUGAUGACAACUAAUCUUCCUCCUCCCAGCUUCUGUUAUAUUCUUACUGCUCAGUCUGGUGAGAUACAUGUGGAAGUGGAUGAGGAAGAACAGAUUUCUAAUUUGUACCAGCCACCAGCUGUUCAUGGUCUAAAGGAAAUUCUUCAGAUCAAUGGUUGUAAUGAACGUUGUAGCUUUUGGGCGCAAGUGCUGUAUCUAAGGCUGCAGACAAAACACAGUGUUCCUAUAAAUCAAAGAGAGAUUUCGUUGUUUGUGACUGACUCUACAUUGCAAAAUGUGGUUCAUAUGAUUCCAAAAGUUGUUGCUGUGUCAGUCGCUGCAUCUUGUGUUCUUAGUACGGAAAUCACAGAAGCUCUCAGUGUUGCCUCGCGACUCGUCUUCUUCAAGGAUGUGCUGUGGGGAAACGGUAGGAUUAUUUGUGUUGAACGUACUGUUCUCUUAUUACAAAAGCCUCUUUUGUACUCGGCUGCCGGUGCUGACCUCAGUGAGCUGACUGGCCCUGUCAGACUCGAUGAGCUGGAUUCUACAACACAGGCCAACUCCAUUUGUGCUGUAAAAGGUACUGUUGUUGGAGUUAAUGAGAGCACUGCUUUCUCCUGGCCUACAUGCGACAGAUGUGGCAAUGGAAAGUUGGAACUGUGUCCCCAGGACAGAGGAUUGCUAUAUUGCAGCCAGUGCUCUGAAGUUGUCAUUUCACCGGUUUUGAAAAUGCAGCUGGAAGUCUUCUUGAGUUGUCCAUCUCGAUCUCAAAGUACAGUAAAAGUAAAGCUAUUACAAAGGACAAUCUCUUCUCUCCUGAUGUUCUCCGCCAAUGAGGAUGGGAGUUAUGAGGUGCAGAGCGUGCUGGGAAAGGAGGUGGGGUUAUUGAACUGCUACGUCCACUCAGUCACCAGCCACCCCAACUGUGUUGCACUGGAGGAAAUUGUUCUUCUGGAAGCAGCAGCAAGACACUGAGCUGAACUCUAGUCAGCUACUAUAGUAUCUGUGGACUUUGUGAUGUGGUUAUCUGUUAACUAGUGCCACAGAUAACGUAUAAUGCAAGUGUGAUAAGUAUUAAGAUAGUUUAUUAAAACUGUGAUUUACAAAGCACAUUGUGCUAACGCUGAAAAAAUAUCUAUAUAAAAAUUUCUGUUCAACCUUCUGAACUCUUCUUUUUCACAUCAGUUCAGAAUUUAAGAAUACAGUUCUUUCUUUGGCAUGUUUGCUGUUUAUGUACGUAAAACAUCUUGUUCUGGAAGUUUUGAAUGGUUGUCAAUUUUUUUUAUAAUAUUGUAUUUAUUAUGUGUCAAUGGAAAAUAUUUUACUGAUAUUUUUGAAAUAAAUACUUUGCUAUAGGCAGUGAAUAUUGGUCUAAGCUGAGUUUUAUCAGUGGAUUCCAGACUUACCACUGGCUGCAAAACACCGCGUUGUGUGCUAAUUCUGAGUUGUAGCAUUUGUUAUCACCUUGCAAUAAAUGUUAUAAAGACA